AUGUCCCCAUAUAGGUUGGUGUUUGGAAAAGCAUGCCAUCUUCCGGUUGAGCUUGAACAUAAAGCUUUUUGGGCUAUAAAGAAAUUCAAUAUGAAUGAAGAUGAAGUGGGAAGCAAAAGGAAGCUAAACAUUCAGGAGUUAGAGGAGAUUCGGAAUGAUGCGUACGAAAGCAACAUGAUUUACAAAGAGAAGACAAAAGUGUACCAUGACAAAAUGUUCUCCAGGAAGACUUUUGUGCAAGGACAAAAGGUUCUUCUUUAUCACUCAAGGUUCAAGUUAAUUCCAGGGAAGUUAAGAUCAAGAUGGGUUGGUCCUUUCGUGGUCACAAGGGUGUUUGACCAUGGUGCGGUGGAAAUCACGAGCAAGCAAGCUGGUAAAACAUUCAAGGUUAAUGGUCAUAGAUUGAAGGCAUUUUAUGAAGGAUUGGAGGUGAAGAAUGAGGAGCUUGAGGUGUUGGAGAACCCCACAUACCAAGAUUGA